AUGGCAGGUUGGAGCCGGAGCCGAUCACAAAGCAAACUCUUUGCUUGGGCACAAGCUCAGGAUAUGAUGACAGUCGAAAGCGAGAUAGAUAGGUCUCGCAAAGAGAUUCAAACCCUCAAUCGUAAACCAAGUCUUUCGAAUGACCCUCACUAUGUCGCUCGCCGCCAAGCCGAGCGUGUUCACGCUCAGGAUGCCCAAAAACGACUCGCCAGCCUAGGUCUGGUUACCCCUGCCAUCCACAAUUCCUUCAUCUCACGCCCCAAAAGCUCUUCAGCGGUAAAGUCCAUGUCUAAAUCAUCGCCUUCAACACCUUCACCCGAACAGAGAGAAAUAGUCCAGCUUCGCGAUGAGCUCGCCAGAUUGAAACAUGACCACGCUCAACUACAAGAUCGGAUGAGCUCCUCUGUACGGAAGGCUGAGGCGGAACAAAAGAAACAUGAUACUGAGAAAAAGUUCAUGAUCACUAUGAUCAAGAAAUUGAAGAUGGAAGUCGAGGAAGGCUGGGAUAGGCUCAUACGCCUUAAAGAAUCUUACGAAGCACAUGGGGCACCACAAGCGAUACAAGGGUAUCAAACACCCUCAAGAGUAGACCUCUACGAACAUAUGAACAUCUCAAGACCAUCGACGAGGGUUUCCUUUAGCGAUCAGAUGGAACCACCCAGCCGACCACAUUCCUCUCAAACGACCAGUCGACAUUCAGCCGUUGAACAUCUUCGAGCCCCGAGCAUUAGCGAUCUACCAACUAGCUUCAAAGGACGAGGAAGCUUGAACCGAGCGGUUGGUCACGCUCGCACCGGAUCGGCUGAACUACACCAUCAGCACAGUACAUCUUCAUCAAUCAUACCUUCGUAUCUGCUAUUCAAUCAAGCCUUACCUCAGCGCAGUCGUCGUACUUCCUUCAGCUAA